UUUAGCAAUUGGAAUAUGCAAUUCCUAGAUUUCACGAAGAAAGUGGUUUUAAUCACUGGUGCGGCCACUGGAAUUGGUGCCAACGCUGCUCGAUACAUAGCGAAAUUGGGUGGACAAAUGGCUUUGGUAGAUAUAAAUGCAACGGGAUUAAAUGAAGUCGUUGAACAAAUAAAAGGUGACAACUCCCCAAACGCUUUGGCAAUCGUAGCCGAUGUCACUGAAGAUUCGGAACGGAUCAUCGCCGAAACUAUUAACCACUUUGGCCGUUUGGAUGUUUUGGUAAAUAAUGCUGCAAUCGGAAGUGAGAAAAAUAUCAUGGACGCCGACAUCAGUGACUUUGACCGAAUGAUGAAUACAAAUCUAAGAAGUAUCGUAAUCUUGACUAAACUGGCUGUUCCUCACCUCGAAAAAUCCAAAGGUAACAUAGUAAAUGUGUCGAGCAUUUCUGGGAUUGUGCCAGUAAAAUAUGCAUUUUAUGGAAUGACGAAGGCCGCACUUGAUCAGUUUUCCAAAUCAGCCGCAAACGAGUUCGGGCCCAGAAAUAUUCGUGUAAACUCCGUCAAUCCGUCAUUUGUUUUAACGCCAAUGUUUGAAAAUGCAUUCACAGCCGAAGAAGCGUUGCGAUUGAAAAAUAAGUGCAAGGAAAGGUAUCCGAUCGGCCGAAUGGGCAGAACCGAAGAAAUUUCAGCUGCAAUCGCAUUUUUAGCAUCCGAAGCUGCAUCAUUUAUAACUGGUGUUCAGUUUGCCGUGGACGGUGGUGCAAUAUCUGCUGGAGCUCAUUACUUGAAUUGAGAUGUUAAAAAAAAGCAAAGAACAAUGUAAAUUGAUUAGAGCCGGCUUUUUCGAUUAAAAUAUCAAGAAAAUCGUCAAUUUCUUGUUUCAACGAGACAUCAUUACAUGCUGAUAUUCUCAUGCCGUAAUAUAAUUAUACCUAUGUAGAAAAAAAUCAAUGUUGAUAUGAAUAAUCCAAAUGAAAUUGUGAAAUAAACGUAUUUUUGAAAAUGAGAAUACAAUUUUAAUUCGAGUAUUUGGUUUCUUAUUUUAUUUAAAGCAUAAAAACAAUAAGACAUGAUGCCAAAUAUCGCGAUAUGUUGCAAUCAUAUCUAUGCCCGUCAUUCUUUGCGUUCGUAUCGUGCGUCACCGCAUCAUGCGCUAUUGAUUCUAUGCAUUUCGGAUACUUUUUCAAAUCAUAUCCCAAACAUUUUCCAAGUUAACCCUCUAAUGCAUACAACCGCCUCUAGAGGGGCAAC